CGAAAGUCACGUGGUUUGCUGACGUCAUCAGUGUAUGGGUGGAUGUGGACUUCCUGGUCCGGAUCCACAUCCUCACAUCCGUCGGUGAAGUCCGGAUUCCAGAUACGGUUUUCAGACUCCCCGGUCUGUGUCGGUCCUUCGGCGGGUUUUCCUGUUUUUGUUUUUGUUUUUUCACACUUUUACGGAUUAACAUGUCACUUUUCGGAGUCGUGCUCGCGCUCCUUCUGUCCGCGUGCGGGAGUUUUGCGGCCGCGCCGGAAAACGUCACGCAGUCUGUGGUCCACGGACCCGCGGCCAGGAACUCCACGGCCCAACCCCCCGGGACCGUGUCCACCGGGACCCGGGCCGCUAACGGAACCGUCAAAGGCCUGGACAGGGGGGACUUCGGCGUGACCAGCUCCAUGAUGCAGCGCGCGCUCUACGUCCUGAUCGGCAUCACCGCAGUGGGGGUGCUCUACUUCCUGGUCCGGGCUGUUCGGCUGAAGAAACCCGUCCACAAGAAGAAGUACGGCCUGUUGUCCAACUACGACGAGACUCUGGACAUGGACGGGGACGACAGCGAGGAGGACGACACACUGUACGAAGCCCGAAGCCUCCGAAGAUGAGUCCGGUCAGAGUUCCUCACCUGCUGCUGUUUACCAGGACGAUCAGCUGAUAUUGAUUAUGGAUCAGAAACGGAGUGGAUCAAUCAAAGCAGCAGGAGGAGUAGAAGGAGGAGGAGGAGGAAAGCGGUCGUCUGCUGAGUGUAAACGCCAAAGCUUCUCGCUGCUCAUUCGCCUUUUAUCCAGCUCUUAAGACGCCAAACCAUUCCACUGCUGUGUAUUCAUUUUCUGUCGUUUUUUUUUGGGUUUUUUUCCUGUCGUCUUUUUCACUCUUGGCUGAACCUUACAAUGAACCUCCACAGUCAGAUUAGUAUUCACUGAAAGACAGGAGACGGGGUUAGCAUAGCUUAGCACAAAGACUGGGAGCGGAGGGAAACUGUUAGCAUCCUGAAACAGACGACAGAGUCAGAAAAUAAAUCACAGAACAAGUUAUUCUGCAUAAUUCAAUGAUGCUGCAUUUGAUAUAAUAGAAGAAAUAUUUUUGGAUAUAUUUUCAAGUAUUUGUAACAUUUAAUGAAACGGUGUGAUGACAUCCUGUUUGGAUGGAUUUUUUUUUUUUUUUUCGGACCAAAUAAUCGUUUGUUGAAGAAAAAAAAAAUCAGCAGAUGUUUGUCUGAAACGCACAUCCUUUCACUUCAAAUUGACUUGAACGUCUUACGGAAGCUGAUCCGAAACUUAGCGAAAAGCUGCUGAGUUUGGUUUCCAUGGCAACACAAAUGCAUUUAUUUCCCUUGAGCACCUUCUCACCACCAGUGGCUACUUAAACGUCAAAGAAAAAGUCCUGAACUGCUGACAGGAAGUUGGAGUGAAUGUUUUGAAGUUUUUUGUUUUUUUUUAAGACUUCCUCUUUCGUGCAAUGACAUUCCAGUGUAAAAUCUGAGUGGGAGGAGCUUCCUGAGCCCUGUUAUAUUCCCUUUAAACGCCGUUAGAGACAGGAAGUCUUCAACAGAUGAUCAAAUGAUGCAUUCAGCGCUGAAACUACUGAAUAAAUUUAAAAAUACAUUCAAAAACCAAUAUAAACGCUAGAGCUGAAAUGAUAAAUCGAUUAAUUGCUUUGAAUAGAUUACAAAAACUCACAAUUCAAUUAAUCGACCUGAAUUGGUUAAAAAGAAAUAUUCUAUUACAGUUUUCCUGAAUUGAAGCUUCUUUGUGCGUCACAAUAAGCGUCCGUGUGAAACACAACAGUGGAACCAAUGUUUAACAGCAGAGAAAUUAAGGAAACUAAGCUUUGAUUCAGGAAGAAUGUAACUGAAUAAAUGUUUUUAAAUUAAUUCGAGUCGAUUAAUCGUUUCAGUUCUAAUAAACACUGAGAAGUGAACUACAGCUCCCAUGAUGCAUUUCGCCAGCAAACAUCCAAUCACAGGAAAACAAAGCCUUAACGGUGGUGAUUAUGAUCCUUAAAAAAAACACUUAAAUUGUCGUUCAGACGUUAAAAAUGAGACCGAAGAAGAAGAAUGACCUUUAAGCUCCUCCCACUCUCUGGGCGACAUGUUCCCACCAUCCACUGGGGUCACCAGGGGGCGGGGCCUGUCGCUCUUAACAAGCCAAUGAUGAGCAAGUGUGGAGCUGAUGACUGAUAAAAGGACUCGGCCAAUCAGACAGUCCCAGGAACGAGAGGCGGUCCCAGAGGAGGACGGAGAUCGGGUGUCACAGGGACCAGAACCUUUAGGACCAUCAGAACCUUUGGAACCAUUAAAACCUUUAGGACCAUCAGAACCUUUCGAACCAUUAAAACCUUUAGGACCAUCAGAACCUUUAGAACCAUCAGAACCUUUAGGACCUUUAGAACCAUCAGAACCUUUAGAACCAUCAGAACCUUUAGGACCAUCAGGACCUUUAGAACCAUCAGAACCUUUAGAACCAUCAGAACAUUUGGGACCUUUAGAACCAUCAGAACCUUUAGGACCAUCAGAACAUUUAGGACCUUUAGAACCAUCAGAACCUUUAGAACCAUCAGAACAUUUAGGACCUUUAGAACCAUCAGAACCUUUAGAACCAUCAGAACAUUUAGGACCUUUAGAACCAUCAGAACCUUUAGGACCAUCAGAACCUUUAGGACCUUUAGAACCAUCAGAACCUUUAGAACCAUCAGAACAUUUAGGACCUUUAGAACCAUCAGAACCUUUAGGACCUUUAGAACCAUCAGAACCUUUAGAACCAUCAGAACCUUUAGGACCUUUAGAACCAUCAGAACCUUUAGAACCAUCAGAACAUUUGGGACCUUUAGAACCAUCAGAACCUUUAGGACCAUCAGAACAUUUAGGACCUUUAGAACCAUCAAAACCUUUAGAACCAUCAGAACAUUUAGGACCUUUAGAACCAUCAGAACCUUUAGAACCAUCAGAACCUUUAGAACCAUCAGAACAUUUAGGACCUUUAGAACCAUCAGAACCUUUAGAACCAUCAGAACA